AGUAUUGUUGCAGAAUUGUGCAUAAAAGCAUUGCAAAGAUGCUGUAAGGCAUACUCUUCUUUUUUCCCUUUUUUUUCCUUGUAGGCCUAUUGAUUGGGGCUGCCUUUAACCCUUUCAUAUUUGCAGAGGUAAUGCAUCUGUGACAGUAACUGAGCAUUGGCUAAAAUAUCUUUCAAAGGUCAAGGUUCACAAGUACCAAAAGGAUGCUAAUCUUAAGAGAACGAAUAGAAAGAAAUGAACUCUGUCCUAAAAAAUGAAGUCUACAACAGUAUAUAAUACCAUUUGAGAUCCCUACAAGUGAUUCACCUGGAUUCAGCAGCACACCUUUGCAUGCUAUUGAAGUGUCUGUUGAAAAGGCAAACCUCAUAGUGGGAUUUAUAAACUAAAAGUAUGCUCAUGAUUUGCUUACGAUCAAAUACAUGACCAUGGGGGAUAUGAAGACCCCAGACUUUGAUGACCUUCUUGCAGCCUUUGACAUACCAGAUAUGGUAGAUCCAAAAGCAGCUAUUGAGUCUGGACAUGAUGAUCAUGAGAGCCACAUAAAACAAAAUGCUCAUGCAGAUGAAGAUUCUCAUGCACCAUCAUCAUCUGAUGUUGGUGUGAGUGUUAUUGUGAAAAAUGUACGUACUAUUGAUUCUUCUGAAGGAAUGGACAAGGAUAGCCACCAUUCCACAGGCAAUGGCUUGCAUAAUGGUUUUCUAACAUCAGCUCUUGAUAGCUACAGUAAAGAUGAAGGGAAGUGUCUUAAAGACGAUGGGUCAGCUUCUGAGACUACCCUGAAAGACUCAGCUUUCAACCAGUUUAGCCCAAUCUCAAGUGCUGAAGAAUUUGAUGAUGAUGAAAAAAUUGAGGUAGACGACCCUCCGGAUAAAGAAGAGAUGCGAGGAAAUUUUAGAGCAAAUGUUUUGACAGGAUCUGUAUCUCAGCAGGAAUAUGAGAAACUAAAGACACUUGGCGGAGAGAACUUGAUUAAAUCUGGAAUCCCAGUUUCAAGUAAUAUAGAUAAAAAUAAAGUUGGUAAAAGAGAGACGGAGACAAACUCUGUGAAUUUAAGUGUCUAUGAGCCUUUUAAACCUCGAAAGGUAGAGGAAAAAUCGCUGAAAGACAGUUCUGAGAAGCUACUUGAAAACAGGGUACUUGAUGGAAAACUGAGUGCUGAAAAAAGUGAAACAAAUCUUGCUAGCAUUUCACAGUCCAAAGCAAAGUCAUCAGCAAAGCUUUCUUCAUGCAUUGCUGCAAUUGCAGCAUUGAGUGCUAAAAAGGCAGCUACAGAUACCAGUAAGGAUUUACAGUCUAAUUCUGGAGAAUCUUCUCCAUUACCAAAAGACAUGAAUGAAAGUCCCCGGGCUAUUGAAAAAUCACCUGAAUCUCAGAAUCUCAUUGAUGGUGCUAAAAAACCAUCUGUCAAACAGCCUGAUAGUCCCAGGAGUGUAUCAAGUGAAAACAGUAGCAAAGGAUCUCCAUCUUCUCCUGCAGGGUCAACACCAGCAAUUCCUAAAGUUCGUAUAAAAACCAUCAAGACUUCUUCUGGGGAGAUCAAGAGAACUAUUACUAGAGUGUUACCAGAAGUUGAUUUGGACUCUGGUAAAAAGCUAGAGCAGACUGCUUCUAUGGUAACUUCCAUGACAUCUCUCCUGUCCUCACCAACUUCUGCUGCUGUUCUUUCCUCCCCUCCGAGAGCUCCUCUCCAGUCUGCAGUUGUCACCAAUGCAGUUGCAUCUGCAGAACUUGCACCAAAACAGGUCACUAUCAAACCUGUGGCUACUGCCUUUCUCCCAGUUUCAGCGGUUAAAACAGCAGGAUCACAAGUUAUUAAUUUGAAGCUUGCUAACAAUACUACAGUGAAAGCCACUGUAAUAUCAGCUGCUUCAGUGCAGAGUGCCAGUAGCGCCAUUAUAAAAGCUGCCAAUGCUAUACAGCAGCAGACUGUUGUGGUGCCAGCAUCAAGCCUUGCCAGUGCUAAACUUGUGCCAAAGACAGUCCAUCUUGCCAACCUUAAUCUUCUGCCUCAAGGUGCUCAAACCACCUCUGAACUCCGCCAAGUGCUAACAAAACCUCAGCAACAAAUAAAGCAGGCAAUAAUUUCUGCAGCAGCCACUCAGCCUUCUAAAAAAGUGUCUCGAGUCCAGGUGGUAUCGUCUCUACAGAGUUCUGUAGUGGAAGCGUUCAAUAAGGUGCUGAGUAGCGUCAAUCCUGUCCCAGUUUACAUCCCGAACCUCAGUCCCCCUGCCAAUGCUGGCAUAACAUUGCCAACACGAGGUUACAAGUGUUUGGAGUGUGGCGACUCAUUUGCUCUCGAGAAGAGCCUGACCCAGCAUUAUGACAGGAGGAGUGUACGAAUUGAAGUGACGUGUAAUCAUUGUACAAAGAAUCUAGUUUUCUACAAUAAGUGCAGUCUUCUUUCCCAUGCUCGUGGACACAAGGAAAAAGGAGUUGUAAUGCAGUGUUCCCACUUGAUUUUAAAACCAGUCCCAGCAGAUCAAAUGAUAGCAUCUCCUUCGAGCAAUACUGCUACAUCCUCUAUGCUUCAAAGCCCCGUGGGAGUUGGCACACAUACUGUAACAAAGAUACAGUCUGGCAUAACUGGGACAGUAAUAUCAGCCCCAGCAAGUACACCCAUCAUUCCAGCUAUGCCGCUAGAUGAAGAUCCUUCGAAACUUUGUAGACAUAGUCUAAAGUGUUUGGAGUGUAAUGAAGUUUUCCAAGAUGAGACAUCUCUUGCUACACAUUUCCAGCAGGCUGCAGACACAAGUGGACAAAAGACAUGCAAUAUCUGCCAGAUGCUGCUUCCUAACCAGUGCAGUUUUGCAUCACACCAGAGAAUUCAUCAGCAUAAAUCUCCAUACACGUGUCCUGAAUGUGGAGCAAUCUGCAGAUCUGUCCACUUCCAGACUCAUGUCACUAAGAACUGCCUGCAUUAUACACGAAGAGUUGGUUUUCGCUGCGUACAUUGCAAUGUCGUAUACUCUGACGUGGCGGCUCUCAAGUCUCAUAUUCAAGGUUCUCAUUGUGAAGUUUUUUACAAGUGUCCGAUCUGUCCCAUGGCAUUUAAAUCUGCUCCCAGCACACAUUCCCAUGCUUAUACACAACACCCGGGUAUCAAGAUAGGCGAACCAAAAAUAAUAUAUAAAUGCUCUAUGUGUGACACUGUGUUUACUCUACAACCUUUACUCUAUCGCCACUUUGAUCAGCACAUUGAAAACCAGAAGGUAUCUGUUUUCAAGUGUCCAGACUGUUCCCUUCUAUAUGCACAGAAGCAGCUUAUGAUGGAUCAUAUAAAGUCUAUGCAUGGAACUUUGAAAAGUGUUGAGGGGCCACCAAACCUGGGGAUAAAUUUGCCUCUCAGUACUAAACCUACAACUCAGAACGCAGCUGGUCACAACAAAGAGGACACAAAAUCUGUCAAUGGAACAGAAAAGUUAGAGAAGAAAUCUCCUUCUCCCAUAAGGAAAGCAGAGCCUAAAAAAGUUUCUAAUCCUGGAUGGACGUGCUGGGAGUGUGAUAGGCUCUUCACUCAGAGGGACGUUUACAUCUCCCACAUGAGGAAAGAACAUGGAAAGAACCAGGGUUGGAGCCAGGAGGCAGCUAUCAAGCAAAUGAAGAAACAUCCUUGUCGACAAUGUGACAAAUCUUUCAGCUCAUCCCAUAGUUUGUGUCGUCACAAUCGUAUCAAACACAAAGGCAUCAGGAAGGUUUAUACAUGCUCGCACUGCCCAGAUUCAAGACGUACUUUCACCAAACGGUUGAUGUUGGAAAAACAUAUUCAGUUAAUGCAUGGCAUUAAAGACCCUGAUGUAAAAGAAAUGACUGAAUCAACCAAUAUAGAGGAAAGGGAAGUAAAAGAAGAUACAAAGAUUCCUAGUCCAAAGCGUAAAAUGGAGGAACCUGUACUGGAGUUCAGGCCUCCACGAGGUGCAAUCACUCAGCCAUUGAAGAAGCUGAAGAUAAAUGUUUUUAAAGUUCACAAGUGUGCUGUGUGUGGCUUCACAACAGAAAAUCUUCUCCAGUUUCACGAACAUAUUCCUCAGCAUAAGUCUGAUGGCUCUUCAUACCAGUGCAGGGAAUGUGGACUCUGCUACACAUCUCAUGUGUCUCUCUCCAGACAUCUUUUCAUUGUACAUAAGCUGAAGGAGCCUCAACCAGUAUCAAAACAGAAUGGGUCUGGAGAGGAUAAUCAGCAAGAAAAUAAACCCAGCCAUGAGGAUGACUCAUCUGACAAUUCGGUAUCGGACAGAAAAUGCAAAGUGUGCGCAAAGACUUUUGAAACUGAAGCGGCCUUAAAUACUCACAUGAGAACACAUGGCAUGGCCUUCAUUAAGUCAAAAAGAAUGAGUUCAGCUGAAAAGUGAUCAGAUUAUUUAGGACGCAGAAAUCUCUCUCCACAUUGGAAUAUUAAUGACAUUUUUGUUACAGAAAGUUCAUAGUAUAAUAGUGUUAACAGUACUGUUCAGGCUGUUGCAAUAUAUUCUGCAUAAAUGUGUCCUCUUCACCUCAUUGUCUAUGCUCUCAAAACCAUUAAAGCAGUAUUUGAGUUGAAAAGAGUUUGUAUAUAUUUAAGCUAAUAACUUUUAUACUCUUUGUUACGUGUUUGUAUUGGUAUCUAGUGGAAAAUCUGUUUUUGUUUAGUUUCUGUUUUUUGUAGUGAGUUUCUUUAAAACAGAGUUCUUAGUGCUGGGGCAGUUGGGUGGGUUCUCUUAAAUUGUGUCUUACAUGAAUGCUUCUGAAAGAAAGGUUGGGUGAUGCGAGUGCAUCGCAGGCAGUGCUUGCGGGAGGGCAGAAAGGGCAAGCAAGCCUAAGGAGCAGUUUUAAAUUCCACCAGACUUUUGCUUCCAAAUGGCUAAGGAAGCUUUUAAACUUUCUCUAAAAAAUUAUCGCUGCACGUGUAGCGUGCAGUGACGGUUUUAAGCAGCAACUGCGGAACAGGAACAGGUACAGACCCUUUAGAAUGAUAAAGUACUUCUGAAAAGUAUAAUUGCACAACUAUGUAUCAUGAAGUAAUUUUUUAGGCCUUGCCAUCAGGUGCUCUGGAUUAAAAAAAUAAGAUAUAACUAGAGGACUAGGUUUAUAAUUAUGAUGUAUUUUGUCAUGUAAUUUAUUAAACAUUAUAUAGAAGUGAGUAAACAGCAUUAUGUAUUUUCCUUUUUCUGGUUCUUGAAAGAAAAUAGUUAACCCUUGCUGCAGGGGUUGAUACUUCCCAGCUCGGUAUGCAAAUGCCAAAUGUUCUGGUGCUCAGUGUUAGGUGAAACCACAGCUGUCUAGGAGCUGACACACCAGCCUAUGUACAUACAACUGGGCCUUUUGACUUUAGCACAGACCGUAUGAAGCUAGUUCAAUCAUUUCAAACGUGUAUCUAAUAUCACUAGUUAUGCUUUCACGAAGAGCAGAAAUGGUACCAUACUGUCCCUUUCAUAUAUAGUUCUCUGUGAGAGUUAUAUUUUUGUUUUUUGGUUUUGGGGUUUUUUUGCAUUUUAUACCUUGUAUGUAUCCCUAAAAAAUUUUGUACUUUUUUUUAAAACAAAUUGUGUAUAUAUAGAUAGCUGCAUGAAAUACAGUAGUAAUUGUUCGGUUCCUUAAAAGUCUUGCUGCUGUCAGAUGUUAUUAUACACUAUGUCCAUUAUAACUGUAUUAAACACAUUUCAUAUGUAAAUAAAUGUGGAGCAUUUUGCCCCUAAA